CUGAUACACGUGCGCGCUCCCGCGGGCAAGCUGACCUGUUGGAAAUGUUGUGAGGAGCCUGCAAAAUCUGAGCAGUUCCCACAACGUAGAGCUGACAAAAAGUCAACCCAAAAGUCGUGCUGGGAAUUAAGGAAAAAAGCAAAAGGAGGUUGGAUACUUCUUACAUAACCAGUUCACUUCUUUGUAGCAAGCAAUUCCCUGGCUAGGGCAGGAGCUGCCAUGCCAUUUGGUUGUCUGACGCUUGGGGAGAAAAAGGAUUACAACAAUCCCGCUGAAGUCACCGACAAAUAUGACCUGGGACAAGUUGUUAAAUCAGAGGAGUUUUGUGAGAUAUUCCGGGCAAAGGAUAGGAACACGUUGAAAAUGUACACCUGUAAAAAAUUCAACAAAAAGGAUGGCCGAAAUGUGAGGAAAGCGGCCAAGAAUGAAAUUAUGAUCUUAAAGAUGAUAAAACAUCAUAAUAUCCUCCAGCUUGUUGACACUUUUGAAACAAAAAAAGAGUACUUUAUCUUCCUGGAACUAGCAACAGGCAGGGAGGUGUUUGACUGGAUUUUAGAUCAAGGGUACUACUCAGAAAGGGACACCAGCAAUGUGAUGAGGCAGGUGCUUGAGGCCGUAGCGUACCUGCAUUCUCUGAAUAUCGUCCACAGAAAUCUAAAGCUUGAGAACCUAGUUUACUUCAAUCGCUUGAAACACUCCAAAAUUGUUAUCAGUGACUUUCAGCUGGCAAAACUGGAAAACAGACUCAUUAAGGAUCCGUGCGGCACUCCGGAGUAUCUCGCUCCCGAGGUUGUUGGGAGGCAGAGAUAUGGACGGCCUGUAGAUUGCUGGGCGAUAGGGGUCAUCAUGUACAUACUAUUGUCAGGCAACCCACCUUUUUACGAUGACUCAGAUGAAGAUGACCCCGAAAGUCGGGACAAGAACCUCUUCCUGAAAAUUUUGUCAGGGGACUACGAAUUUGACUCGCCUUACUGGGAUGACAUUUCAGAUUCUGCCAAAACCUUAGUGGCGUCUCUGAUGGAGGUGGACCAAGACCAGCGACUGACUGCACAAGAGGCAAUUGCCCAUGAAUGGAUUUCUGGGAAUGCUGCCUCAGAUAAGAACAUCAAAGAUGGUGUUUGUGCACAAAUCGAAAAGAAUUUUGCUAAAGCCAAGUGGAAGAAAGCUGUAAGGGUUACCACCCUUAUGAAGAGGCUCCGAGCAUCAGAGCCGGGGGAUUCAGGUGCUUCUGUAGCUGACGCCGGAACACCUGCAGGCCCCGCUGCUGCUCCAACAGCUGCUGGUGGUGGCCUUGCUGCCAGCCUAAAAGCAGCUCUUAGUGCAAACGCUGCCAACAUACAGACUUCAUCUACUCCAGCGGACCCUCAGCCGAGUACUGCCAGAGAGGAGGACAAGUCAGAGGAACCGUGCAAUGGUGAUGUUCUCUAAAAAAAAUAAUAAAACGAGUGGGAAUUAACGUACACGAAGAAGAAAAUUAAUGAUGACUAACAAGCACAUGAGCAGUACAGUCAAUGUGGUUGGCAUAACCAUGUAGUGUUUAUGUUGUCUGACUAGUCCCUGAUUUAGCCUAUGUUAUGCAUUUCAUAAUUUUUGCCUUCUGUACUGAAUGUUCUGUAGUAUUUGCCACUUCUGUUAUUUUGUGUGCAGCUCCCUUUAAAAAAAAAAAAAACUGUCAAAAUAGCCCCAUUUUUGUUCCCCUUUUGCCCUUUCGACUAACUGUAUGAACGCAAAGUGUAAUUUAGUGAAAUCAAUUUCAUCUUUGGUCCUCAACUGACUAUGUAUAUGUAAAUAGUGUGUACUGUAACUGUCUCAACCAAUUGCUAGUGGUGAGCUUCAGAUUUGAGUUUAUGCUAGAGAGGUUUUAUUUAAAAAAGAAAGACUUACUUCCAAUGUGAAAUUUUAAUUACGGUACUAUGUAAGAAACCUAAUGCAAACAAGAGUAAGCCCUUUAGAAUUUGUCAUCCAUGUGUCGUAACCCUCCCGUUAUGCCAAAAUGACCCAUUUAAAAACUAGCAAGUAAAACAUCAGUAGUUUUGUAUAUGAAAAUUCUGCUUAGCUUAGCUUAGCUAAUCUUAAUCAACAUAUAGACUAUACCUUGUAAUGGUUCACUUGACAUAUUUGCAAUUUAGAACAAUGGCGAGUGAUAAACAAUUACUCAUCCUCAGCAACAACAUAACUGGAGGGUUUAAGUAUUAAGUCAGUUUAUUAUGUCGAUCAAAAUGAUCCUUUUUGUUAAAAGAAAAAACAAUCAGACACCAGAUUAUGUGGCCUUGUGGGUCUUGAGGCUGGAACCCGCAACAGUUACGUGUCUCUGACCUUUUGAACCUCAGGGCUGAAAAUAUAUAAAUAUUAAAACAUCAUAAAAAGGAAAUUAAUCAAAUAAUCAAUAUAGGCAUGCAGCAGAGAAUACAAUUUAUAUUACAAUAAUUCAUGUCAAAUUUGUACACUGUAUCCCCUAUUCACUUGAAUCUCACUGUAGCUACAAUGAAGAAAAUUGUAAAACUUCCACGUGAAUUAACUUAUAACUUGACAGUCAAAUGGCAGCAAGAAAGCUCCCCCCUCCUUUUUUUUUUAGUUAAAGUGCCUUAAUAUUCUUUGCAGUUCUCAAAUGUUUCAAAAGAGACAGCUCAGUUAAAAAUGAUAUUUAUUAUUUCUUUGAAAUGUUUUAGCUGCUUCACUUGCUCUUCUUUUUUAAAGAGUUUUAGACUGCUUUAUUAAUAAAUAUUCUUUUCCCUCUAUUUUACUAGUGUUAUUGGGGCAAUUCUGAAAAGAAAAAAAAUACAUUAUGAGAUUUUAGUCGUAAUCUGACAUCACGUAAAGCUGAUAUAAUGACGUUUCUACAGCAAUUUUAGAAAAAAACAUUUUACCAAAAUUCAAGUCAAAAGUGCAAUAUUUUCAAAACAUAAGAGUUGGGGUUUUUUAUGUUGUAAUUCAUAUACUUUUAUAAGUAAGUUGCAUAAUUUUUUGUUUAUUUUGAGAGUUGUAUAUUUUUUUAACCAAAAAUUUGUAUAUUUUUUUUAAAAUUCAAAUAGUAAUGAGUGUGAAUAAAGUGAAAUAUUUUUCAGAGUAAAGUUGGAGAUAUUUUUUCAUAAAGUCACAGUAAUACGAGUGACCACCCGCGACUUACCCUGAGUGGGAAAAAGCCCUAAAUCACUUAUCCAGGAAAAAAUAAAUGAAAGAAUACCGACAUCAGAUCAUCUAAAAAUGUAUCAGGGCUUCAGUUGUAUCCUUCUUUCACUUCCCUUGGUUAAAUGACUACUUUUGUAAUAUUAUGACUUUAGUCUCGAAAAUAUUUAAUUUUUAUCCUAAAGCAUUUUUUUUUUAAAAUAAAAUAAGUAUAUUAAACUGUAUUGUACUAAAAUUACGUGUUACUUUAAACCCUCACCAAAUGAAAUGAAUAUCGUCAUAAUUAUAUAACAUAUUGAAAAUAUACAGCCUUAUUUAUGUUAUUGAAUUUAAAUCUUGUGAGAUUGCAACUUUAGUCUCAGGAAUAUUAUUUUUUUUCUUUCCAGUAUGCCCCACUGUAACACUGCAGUAUAAAAUUAUAAACAUUUUAUGUAGUGUAGCUUUGUUUUAACUGCUUUGCUAAUGUUGUGCUGUCCAUCGUAGUCAGGUGCUGCUCAUUCAUUCCUGAUGCUGUAUCUCUGUAUUAUCUCUCAUUAUGUAGACGUUCUUGUGUGUGAUCAGACUUUAGCAACCUUUAGCCGAAGAAGUUGCUACAAUGCUUAUGAAAGAAUAAAAUUAGCAAUAUUUAAGUCUGGUUGUGAUGUUAAUCUCACCCACCUUUUCACAUUAUUCAGACACACAGUCAAGACCAGGGGUCCUCAAUUAGCGGACCGCGGUCCACAACUGGACCACGG